UAGAAUAUUAAAAAUAUAAGUGAAAAAUAAUCUCUUAAAUCUUGUUAUGUGUUCGUAUUUCCUGCUGAGUGAACAAAUUGUGAACUGUCAAUUUUUUUUGAUUGACCCAUCGCAACUCUCCAAAAUUUUGCUGAUAAGAGGGAUAAUUUCAGAUUAAACAAAGAAAUGAAUUCCGAUUUCGAAAAUGUGAACAGUCAUUUACCCAUAUAUAAUGACAGAAUCAAAGAAGAACAAGAAUCUUUUUGCACUCACAGUAUGGACAAGAAUAAUUCCUCUAAAAUUAGUGCAGAACUCAGGAAUUCUAAAAAGAGCGAGAGUCUCUUCAAUCAAAUAGUUGCAUUCAACAAAAGAACGAAAGACCAACAACAAAGAAAUGAACUCGGCACUUUUAUACUUUUAGGUGUUAUGUUUCUUCUAUUUGUCAUCAGUGCAACAGGACUUUUUGUAAUGUGGUUUACUGAGUACUACAAUGACACAAUGCUUUCGAAUAUAGUACUAGCAGAAAAUUCUGAAACUGCGGAAAGUUGGAAAAGUCCCCAACCGAAAUAUGACACUCUACUAAAAGUACACAUAUUUAAUUAUACAAAUAUUAAAGAAUAUUUGUUAGGACUGGAGGAGAAAAUAAAAGUGGAAGAUAUCGGUCCUUUAACAUACAGAGAACAUACAACGAAAGUGAAUGUAUCCUUCAAUAAAAACUUCACUGUUACAUUUAGGGAUCACAGAUCGUACGAGUUCUUGCCAGAGAAGUCAACAUGUGGCCAACAUGACACAUUUAUUUUACCAAAUGUUCCCUUAUUGACAGCUGCAGUAAAAAUAGAAAAAAUGAAUCGGUUUAAAAAACUAGGAGCAACCGGUCUUAUUAACUCAUUUAAAGAAGACGUUUUUAAAAGGCUCACUGCUCACAAUUUCUUAUGGGGUUAUCGUGAUAGAAUUGUAGCCCUUGAUUUUGGAACUGGAAAUACGCAUUUUGGACUUUUAAUGAAUCGUAAUGGAACUAGUGUUGAUUCUUUGCAAAUAAAUACUGGAGUUGAUGAUAUACGUAAAUUUAGUACAAUAACUCAAUUUAAUGGUAUGCCAACAAUGGACUUUUGGAGUGAGCCAGAGUGUAACAGAAUAGAUGGCUCAGAUGCAUCAAUGUUUCCACCUUAUUUGAUAGAAAAUCGUACACAACUAAAUGUUUUUCUACAAGUUCUAUGUAGAAAGGUGCCUUUGGAAUUUGAGAAAGAAGUCACAAUUUUUGAUGAUAUAGAUGCGUUACGAUAUCGUACACCACUCACAGUUUUUGGUAAUCCACAAACAAACUUAAAUAAUGCUUGUUACUGUCAUAAUACUGAAAAAUGUUUGCCAAGUGGUGUCAUAAAUGCUACUAAAUGUUAUAAUGGUGCUCCUAUAUAUCCUUCUUUUCCACAUUUCUUUUCUGGAGAUAAAGAAGUAUAUAAACACUUGGAAGGAAUUAAUCCUGAUGCAAAUUUACAUCAAACUUUCGCCGAUAUUCAUCCAAGAUUUGCUUUUCCUAUUGGAGGUGCUUCACGUAUACAAAUAAAUAUUGCAGUACAAAAAACAAAUUUAAUUAAACGACAAAUUGAACGUUUCGAGGAUUUUACUAUUUUACCACUGAUCUGGAUAGAAAUAACACCAAGUGAUUACACAGAAGAAAUAAUUAGCAAACUCUAUAUAAGCACAGUUGGAAUAAAUGCAAUACAAUUGACACUAAAAUAUGGAACAUUGCUAGUUUGUAUAGUAUCAUUUAGUUUAAUUAUAGCUGCGUCCUACUCAUUAAACAAGAAAAGACUAAAUCAACUUGAGAAAGAUGGAGAAAAAGACUUUACUGCCAAAUACGAUAUACAAAAUGCGCAGCAACGAGUAUUCCUAAACGAAUAUUCAGAAUCUUAAUUUUAAAUAUAAAUUCUUUUACAAUUGUAAAUAUAAUCUAAAUAGAUAUACAAAAACAAUAUUUGUUUUAUGCUCAAACGAAUUUUCGACUAUUAUAGUGUGGAAUAUAUAAGUAAGUACUCCAAUGUCAAUCGUACCUACAUAUAUAGCAAAAUAAUUAUAAGUUUUAAUAUAAAUAUGUAAUAUGUAUGUAUAUAAGAAUAAAAUAAAAAUAACAGAAUAUAUAUUUUUAGAAUAGAUUAUGAUUUACAUCAAAUUUCCUUAUAUUAACAAUAUUAUUAUAGUGAAUAAAUAAAUUGAUAGUGAAUUAAAAAAAAAUUAAAUUUAAUUAGCCACUCUUAAACGUUUAUUUAUGUAAAAAUUUAAACAGCAGAAAAAAAGUGUUAUGUCAUUUUAACUUUAGUUUUUAGUUUUGGUAAUAAA